AUGACUAUUACUGAACUGAAUACAACACCCCUCAACCAGCCCUCACCAACUAUCUACAAUAUCCUUGCCUCAACCUCAGCCCCACAAACCUGGACCCAGACUGGCCCACGAACCUGGACCCAGACCGGCCCACGAACCUGGACCCAGACCGGCCCACGAACCUGGACCCAGACCGGCCCACGAACCUGGACCCAGACCGGCCCACGAACCUGGACCCAGACCGGCCCAGAAACCUGGACCCAGACCGGCCCAGAAACCUGGACCCAGACCUGGACCCAGACCCCCAGAAACCUGGACCCAGACCGGCCCAGAACCUGGACCCAGACCGGCCCAGAACCUGGACCCAGACCGGCCCACGAACCUGGACCCAGACCGGCCCACGAACCUGGACCCAGACCGGCCCACGAACCUGGACCCAGACCGGCCCACGAACCUGGACCCAGACCGGCCCUGGACGAACCUGGACCCAGACCGGCCCACGAACCUGGACCCAGACCGGCCCACGAACCUGGACCCAGACCGGCCCACGAACCUGGACCCAGACCGGCCCACAAACCUGGACCCAGACCGGCCCACAAACCUGGACCCAGACCGGCCCACAAACCUGGACCCAGACCGGCCCACAACCUGGACCCAGACCGGCCCACAAACCUGGACCCAGACUGGUCCCCCCCCCCAAACCUGGACCCAGACUGGUGUCCCCCAAACCUGGACCCAGACUGGUGUCCCCCAAACCUGGACCCCCGCCCCCAUCAUUCACAAAAUGGCUGCAAGAAAAACCCAGAUGAAAAUAAUCCCAGAGCCCUCAUCACUCGAGGUUGUGGUGCCACGGACACCUUGUUCCAACCUCGUGUUCUUUAUUGGUUUAUUACUGAGAUCUUCUGUUUAAAACGGUUGUAA